AUGUCACGUAUUCUUCAAUCAGUAAGCGGUCAAAAUUUUGGAGGUCAAGGGGCUCCUCCAAGAGUUGUGGUCUGGGAAUGGUUGAAUGAGCAUGGACGUUGGAGACCAUAUACUGCCACUGUGUGCCAUCAUAUUGAGAAUGCUUUACGAGAAGAUGGACGGGGACGGGUGGCAUUAGGGCAGGUGGACACACAGCUAACGCCAUACGUCAUUGACCUUCAGACUAUGCACCAGUACCGCCAGGACACAGGGACCGUCCGCCCAGUAAGACGCAGUUUUUUUGAACCAUCUUCUGCCCCAGGCAAGGGUAUCGUAUGGGAAUGGGAAAAUGAUGCAGGCUCCUGGACUCCUUAUGAUACAGAAAUCUGCAUUGCUAUCCAGAAUGCCUAUGAGAAGCAGCACCCUUGGCUGGACCUCACUACACUUGGUUUCUGCUACUUGGUGCAUUUCCAUAGCAUGUGUCAAGUCAACCGGCAAACACAUCGUAAACGACGACUAAGGAGGCGCAUGGAUCUUGCAUAUCCUUUGACAAUGGGAUCCAUUCCUAAGUCUCAGUCGUGGCCUGUGGGGUCUGGUUCUGGAUUACCUUGUUCUUGCCCCCAGUGUCUGCUAGUAAACAGUACUAGAGCAGCUUCUAAUGCUAUCCUAGCAUCACAAAAAGUUAAGGUCCCCCCUGGGCCUCCACCCAACUUGCCUCCACCCCCUCCCCCUCCACUACAUCCAUCUGGAAUAAGACAGAGCGUUACGUAUAGUGGGGGAGCUGCAGGUUGGGGAAGACCAGGAGAAGGAGGUCGUCCUGCAGGAGGAAUCAGAAAUAGCUCUCGUAGUCAAAGUGUACCAGGAUCAACAGCUUACCCAGGACAGAACAAUCUGAACAGACCAGGAGUACAGAGAACCAGUGGGAGCAGCAGUAGGGCAUCUAUCCCUCCGGGUGUGCCCGCUCUCCCUGUAAAGAAUCUAAAUGGAACAGGUCCUGUGCAUCCGGCUUUGGCAGGAAUGACUGGUAUUCUGAUGUGUGCAGCUGGACUGCCUGUGUGCUUAACCAGAGCCCCGAAACCUAUACUGCACCCCCCUCCUGUCAACAAAGAGGACAUCAAACCUGUGAGCGGCAUCAGUGGCAUCUGUCGAAAGACCAAAAAGAAACACCUGAAGAAAAGUAAGAACCCAGAAGAAGUAGUGCGAAGAUACAUCCAAAAAGUAAAGUCACCGCCAGAUGAGGAUUGUACUAUUUGCAUGGAACGUCUGGUCACUGCUUCAGGAUAUGAGGGGGUCCUAAAUUAUAAAGGAAUACGAUCAGAUCUGGUUGGAAAAUUAGGGAAAUGUAAUCAUAUGUACCAUGUCCUCUGUCUGGUGGCCAUGUACAACAAUGGUAAUAAGGACGGCAGCUUGCAGUGUCCCACAUGUAAAGCAAUUUAUGGGGAGAAAACAGGCACCCAACCUCCCGGGAAGAUGGAGUUUCAUGUUAUUCCUCACUCGCUUCCUGGAUUUCCCGAGUAUAAGACUAUUCGCAUAGUGUAUGAUAUUCCAAGUGGGAUGCAGGGCCCUGAGCAUCCGAACCCAGGGAAGAAGUUCACAGCCCGAGGAUUUCCACGGCACUGUUACUUGCCAGAUAAUGACAAAGGAAGGAAGGUGUUACGACUGUUGGUGGCAGCAUGGGAUCGGCGUCUGAUAUUUGCUAUUGGUACCUCAAGCACGACAGGGGAAUCCAAUACGGUGGUGUGGAAUGAGAUUCAUCACAAGACUGAGUUUGGGUCCAACCUUACAGGUCACGGAUACCCCGAUCUUAACUAUUUAGACAAUGUUCUAGCUGAACUUACUUUGCAGGGAGUGACUGAAGAGAAAGCAUUGCCCUAUUAAGCAAAUCUCUGGACCCUUUCAUAAAUAUGGAGCCAACAGCAUCAGUUGAGUACCAUUAACAACUACUGUCUCCUACUGUCUCCUACUUUUUCAGGGGAUGUAAUUCAGCCAGUACUGGGAAACCCAGCAAAAUCACUUUGCUGUAGUUAAAGAGCAGAGAAUCCAAGAUAACCAACAUUGUAGGUGGAGCAUGGCCUCGUUCUUCAUAGCAUCCUGGUCUCCAGAGGCAGCACCAGCUGCAGAGCAUCCAUUUACAGAGCAUGAUGUUUUUACAAAAAAAUUUGCGUUGUUCCACCGGGUGGUGACAAUUUAUUGAAUGUUGGGGAGACAUUAAUGGCUUUCACAGAAUCAGGUCAAUGGUGGCACAUUCUUUAUUAGGCUCUGAGAAAUACAAUGCAUUGGCCUCUGUAUAACGGCAGAAAACGCUAAAGGGUCAUAUGUUUCCCUCUUACUAUCAUUUUAAAGAAGAGACCAAGAGCCUCCCGUCUCUCAUCACCUGUGUGAUCAAUAUAGAUGUUGUGUAAAGUCUGUGGGCUAUGUGGUCAAAAUUAUGAAGGUAUAUCCUCCUUAGCAAUGCUAAAAAUAAGCAGGCUCCGAGUUGUGAGCAAUAAGACAUGUUUACAAGCCAGUAUGCUGGGAUUUUACGGGUUACCUAUAAUUAAGAUGUAGCAAUUGUCAUCAUAUUAAACGGAAUGCUUCAUACCUUAUAAAAGUCGGCAUUACUAUCAUUAUGUCAUUGUGGUGAUGCAUUCCUUAAUUGUGUAUCUAUCAUGACAAACCAGCUAUUCACUGUUUUUCUUCUAAACCUUGAUUCCCCCUUUACUUGGAUAUUUUAUGCUUGCAGUAUAUUGGACAAUAUGUAGAAAGUUCCUCACUUAUGGACUUUGUUCUGAUGAUCAUUUAAAUGUCUUACCGGGUGAUAAUGUAUUACAUGGAAUGAGGUGUAUGUCUAGAAGGAAAUUAAUUUAUCUGUCAGAAAAUUGGCACUGAAAAGAGCCACAGCACUCUCAUGGUAAACCUUGUCAGAAACUCUUAGAUUGUGAGAGUACUCUGUAAUAAGAACGGUGGAACCUGUUUGAGAAGACCAGCUAAAAUAUUUUGGAAACCUGUGCGGUCCUCUAAAAGGAGAUGGCCAAUAUGCAUAGUAUAUAUUAGGACUGAACAUCUGUCACAGAAAGCUGGUCUGGAAAGACGGAUGGUCUUCUCAAAGAGUUGAUUUUUAAGAGGUCUCACUGUAUUAGUUGUAGUAGAAAUUGGACAAUUACAGGUAUGAUGACUCCUAGGUUUCUAUAAGCCAGUAGGUUAUUCUUCACUGAUAGGAUGUAAACUAUCUGCCAGUGCAACGUGGCUGCAUUAGAAGCUUGUAGAAUCUCGGGAGAAUAUUUGAGAACUUUUGCUGAGAAGUGGAGGAGGUGAUGUCCAUCAGAUUCCAAGUGUCAAAUUUUGAUGGAGGCUAUUAAAUGUCCUGGUUGAUUUGGACAACAUUUACCAUUUCUGUAAAAGGCCCAUCAAGUAUUAUGGUUUUCAAGCAUAUCAUGAAAUGUCAGGUAACAAAUUUCUUCUUUUUCAGCAGAAUCUCUUUUUCCUGUCAUGUACAUGCUACAGGCGACAUGUUAAAGGGGUUGUCCAACACUAAAGCUAAAAUCAAUAAAGCCCCGGAAUUCAUUGAAUAUAAAAAAGGAAACAACCCAUACAGCGCUCUGUUCCAUCACAGGGUUCUGCCCUACUACUCCCAGUUCCUAUCCAGUCCCCGUGGUCAUGAGCACUGUCUGCAGCCAUUUACUGGCCUCAGUGGUAACGCGUGCCCGAGCUGCACUGUUGUAUUAGAGCACUGGUGAACAGAUGAGUGGGUUUCUUUACUAAUUUGAAACACAUUUUAGGUCUUAAUUGAUUUUAGGUUGGUAGUUGGAUGACCCUUUUAAGCACCAACUACUGUGUGACAUCAUUCUUCAUGAAAUUGCUACAUAGUGGUAAAACACUGUGCUACUUUAUAUAAUGAAAGCAGAUUUGUAAAAAUGAUAAAAUAAUGGAAUGUCUCUUAGUGGGAAUACAUGGAAAUAUGUGGAAUUAACCAGUUUACUCAAGGAAUGUGUCAUUACUGGGAAAUGGAAAGAAAACAAAGUGUCCCCAGGUUAUAGGUAGGUCCAAGUAGAUAGAAGGUGGGGUAACAUAAGUAGGUGGGGGGUCAGCAAUACUAUAGUGCAGCAAAAAAUACCAUCCCAGCAGAACCAAAGCCCACAGUUCAGCACAAGAAACUGCCCCAGAAGUUGUCCCUCUACAUUCUGUCCUCCUCCACCACCACUUGCCUCUACUUAAGAUGGGGAGCAGGGGACAUGGAAGUCGAAAUACAGGACACAGCACCAAGCCAGCCCUACCUACAGCAUGCUGACCCACAUAGUGCCCCCGUAGUAUCCUCCCCAAAUGGGCAAGGAAAUAAUAAAAAAUAAAAAAAAUACCAGUGUGCCAUUCCAAGUCGCUGUCUCUGAUGCAUGUCCACAAGCCCUUUCCAGCCUGCAGCCUGCUUCAUAUAGUGGCCUCCUGUGCUGUGCUGCAGUAUUCAACUGCAUCUCUGACCUGAGGACAGCCAUAGAACUGAAUUCAGGAAGGCAUCUGCAGACACCGGCCAGGUACAUAAGUACCUGAUUCUCCGAGCAUUAAUUACUGUUGAGAGCACAAUCCUUGGCUAAACAGCCAGAAUUGUUAUUUAUUCUAAACUUUUAAUAAUUUCUAAUUGCUUUAAA